AUGCUCCUCGCGCGCCGCUGUGCGCGCGUCGCGCUCACGCGCCGCCACGCCUGGCCGCGCUGCAUCAGCAGCGACUUCGGCGCGAGGAACGGCACGCCCAUCUCCAACAAGGGCGCCGUGCUCGGCGCCGUCGACGACGCGCUCGGCGUCGGGCGGCCGCCGGACCUCGAGGUGCUGCUCACCGAGCACCUCACGGACGUGUCGACGCCGUUUAGCGAGGCCGUGCACGCGGGCCUGCUCCGCUACGGCCACGUCGCCGUGCGCUAUACCACGAGCGACGGCGCGCAGCGCGUUAUGAACAUCCUCGGCGGCGUCGAGGGCGCGGACAUGGUCAACUUCGUCGACCCGUCGGACUACGUCUACGGCACGCGCGGCUGGGAGACCUACGCGCAGCAGGGCGGCGCGUACAACCGCGACUUCGUCGGCCUGCGGGUCGAGCGGUGUUCGCCGGGCGCGAUCGACGCCAUGCACGCGUUCUUCGAAGCCCUGGACGUGCGCACGAAGAUCGAUGUCGGGGCCGCGCGCUUCCAGCUCGUGGAGGCGCGCCUCGGCGCGCUCGCGGACCAGGUGCCGCCGCCGUUCGGCGACGCGCUCCGCCGGGGCCUCGACGGCGUGCGGCGGUCCACGGAGUUCCUCUCGCGCGGCGACGACGGCGGCGACGCCGACGACCUGCUGGCCCGGGGCCGCCGCGUCGUCGGCGACGUGCGCCGCGCGCGGUGGACGGCUGGAAAUUGCGCGCAGUGGACGUCAUCCGGCGUCGUCUUCGCGGGUCUCCUCAAGCGCCGGCGGCUCUUUCCCAAGGCGAUCCUGAUCGAACUGUUGGAGUCGGAGUACCUGCGCCACGGGCGGCCGGACAACGUCCACGUCGUCGUGUACAAGCACGUGGCGCACGCGCCGCCGUACAUGCCCAAGUACCGCCCGCUGCGGCCGAGCUACGUGCACCCGUUGAACCCCGUGCGGAACCACGUCUACGGGAACAUGGAGGCCUUCGCCGACGUCGUCGUCGAGGUGCCCGCGGGCAGCGACGCGGCCGUCGUGUCGCGGAACCCGUCGCCGCGGCGGCCGCCGCGGUGGAUGCCCUACUGGCGCGCGGCGGUCAUCGGUGGCCCGACGCUCGUGCUCGUGGGCGCCGUGGACCACAUCGGGCCCAUGGGCCCGAUGGCCGCGGCCAUCUGGCUGGGGGCGAACUGGUGGUUGCAUUAG